AUGUCUGAUGCUCCAGGAGCGGAUUCACCAACUCGCUUUUACCUAGUUAACUUCGAGAGCUACUUGAGGCCCAAGCAGCCAAACAAAUGUCAGCCUCUUCAGCGGUUCGAGAAGCCAAAUGGAAGAACCACUUUUCUGUACAGGAACCUAAAACGAUUAAAGAUUCUCAGGUGGUAUAGUAGUGCGUCGAAACGAUUUGAGCAGCUCCCACUGCCCAAGUUCCUUGGAUUCCUGCGUGCCCGCAAUGAUGACGGCCUAUGUAAGCGGAAGACAGGAUUUGAGAUCUACUGCGAGAUGGCCAGCAUACAUGGCUUUCACAUUUUUGUGGGAGCGAAAACUUGGCAAAGGAUUCUGUGGUGGCUACUCAUUUGCAAUGCGGUGCUGCUUUCACUUAUCCUAGUGGUCAUGUCGCUUUCCAUGUCGAAGGAAACGCCCACAAUCCGCUUCAUAGACACCAUGAUGAAGCCCACGGCGAAAGUGCCUUUUCCUGCAGUCACCAUCUGCGCAUUCAACACAAUCUUUACGCAAGGGUUACAGAAUAGGGAAUGGAUGAGCGCUUCUGUAAUGGAACAAGUAACCCGAAGAAAUGCAAGUUGGUUGGAACUUCUGGAGGAUGCGGCAUUACCGAUCUGUCCGCUAGUUAAAGUCUGUCAGUGGGACACUCGAAUGGUUAACUGCCUGGAUGAACUGCAGCCCAUUUGGACUCUUGACCAAAGACUGUGCUGCACUUUUGGCUACAACCAGCAGCUCUUCAGCUCCCAUUUGGGAUUUAGUUUUGUUCUAAGAUCCAGUGAUACGGACCUGCAAAGUUCGCAAUCAGCUGGCUUUGAGGUGCUCAUACACGAAUCCCACGAAAUGCCCGAUGGAGCAACUCCAAGGCUGUUAGUGCCAAGCGGAUCAGAGGCCCACAUCAUGCUCAGACCAUAUGUCAAUCGAUUCUCGAGGAAUCUGGAGGGCUUAUCUCUGCAGAAAAGAGGCUGCUAUUUUCCAACAGAGCGCCGUCUAAUGUCUUCUGAUGUGUACAACCAAAUAAACUGUCUGGCUGAAUGUCGCAGCGAAAAUAUAUUAGAAUCAUGUGGCUGUGCGCCUCCAAAAUCACCUCUUGGGAAAAGCUGGCCCAUUUGCGAUAUUCAGCAAAUGCAGUGUGUAAUAGAUUUUGAUCAUGAUGAGAUCAGCAGCGGGGAACAAAAGAAUUGCGAUUGCCUUCCGCCAUGUGAAUUCAAUCGCUAUGAAUUCCAAAGUGAUAUACGACUUAUAAAGGGAAUGACUAAUAAUAGUAUUGUUAGCACAAGCAAUCAAGGGCGCACAAAUGAGGUCCGUGUCCGUGUCUACUACGACUCAUCAACUGCGGAGGAGCUGCUCCUGGACGUGUACGAAAACUGGCUGACAUUCAUAGGAACCUUUGGCGGUAUAACCGGACUAUUUAUGGGCUGCAGUUUCGUUUCGGUCUUCGAGCUGAUUUUCUUUUCGUGUGUGCGACCCACAUGCAACUGGCUGACCAGGAAACAGAUACUCUGGCGACGACGUAGGAAUCAGAGGGUGGGCAACACGGAGGCGAGGUCAUUAGGGCCGGCUAAUUAGGAGCUGUCCUAAUUACCUUGACGUCGCCCAAGUCGCAGUUGAACUAAGGAGCUCAGCCUGAAGAGAUGGCGUUCAAGAAGCGGCGCAUCUUCGACUUGCACCAAGUGCAGGCGCAACAGAUGGCCACCGCCGCCAGUCACAGUCGCAGUCAUCCCAUCCAGCACCAUUCACACAAUCCCAUCCGUCCCCAGCAUGGUUUUCGCCAAAUCGGAGAAUGGUUCACCGAGAACAUGCGCAACUACUGCCAGACCACUUCGCUCCACGGAUUCAAUUAUAUCACCCGGCAGGACAUCAGUCGCCACGAGCGUUGGUUCUGGCUGCUGGUUGUCAUCCUGGCCAUCAUCACCUCCAUUGUGCUGGUGGUGGUGUCCUGGUACUGGAGCCAGGAAACCCCAACGGUGACCGUCAUCGAAAGCUCGCACUUUCCCACCUGGAACAUUCCGUUUCCGGCCGUCACCAUAUGCAACUUCAAUAAGAUAUCGAAGACCAAGGCACUUAGCUUGCUGGACCAAAUGAAAGUUCCAGUCGGAGUCAACAGAUCCGAGCUGCACAACCUCUUCAAUCUGACACUUUUGCCCGUGGAUACCAUGAUUAGCAAUGAUUCGCUGCAGAUCUACGAUCGGAUUCUGAACCUCAACAACCUCACGCUCACAAGGCUCACCCAGCAACUGUCGCCGGACUGCAUCGAUAUGAUCUCCAGCUGCAUUUGGAAGGGCAUCAAUACGCGCUGCGACAGCCUCUUCCAACGCAUAGAUACCAUGGAGGGGCAGUGCUGCACCUUCAACUACUUCGGCGGCAUCAGCAACAAUUUUCCGGAAAAAAUUGCCUACCAGGUUCCAAAGCGGCCAUAUCGCGUUACGGGAUGCGGCUAUCCGACGGGUCUGUCGGUCCUGCUUAACCCCAUGAUAUCGGACUACUAUGGAACCUUCUUCAGUGGCUAUGGCUUCCGCCUGCUCCUCCACGACGCCUAUAACUUUCCGGAUGAGAACUCGGAGACGAAGGUGGUCACCACCACGAGGGAGAGCUUUGUGAGAAUAAACCCGGAGUCCACCUACGCCACCAACGAUAUUCGCCGCAUGGAUCUGUCCCUGAGGAACUGCCUCUUUGGAGGCGAGCGGACCAUGCAUGGCCUCAGGCGCUACUCCUUCAUCAACUGCAUGUUCGAGUGCCGGGUGCGGAUGGCAGUGGACCUUUGUGGUUGCCUUCCACCGUACGUUUACAACAACGGCAGCUACAAGGUGUGCGGUGUGUUGCUGACCAACUGCAUAAUCGCAAGCAAAAGAAUCUUUUCCCACGCCCUGGCCAAUCUGAAUUUCUCGCUCUCAAUUGUCCGAGAGACGGAUAGCUUUCCCUGUGGAUGUCUGCCGGACUGCCAGUCGAACCAUUAUGUUUCCGAGAGCACUACGGGCCGCCUGGACAUGAGCUACUUUGCCAACCGACCAUCGUUCAACAAUGCCACAGACAGGAUACUACUCCACGUGUUUUUCAGCGACCUGAUGAGCACCAGAUAUCGAACGGACAUAUUUCAGAACUGGCUGUCCGCCCUGGCUUCAUUCGGCGGCUUGCUGGGACUAAUUAUGGGAUUCAGCAUAGUGACGGCCUUCGAGUUCGUGUACUUCCUCACCUUCCGGCCAGUUUUCAACUACAUCAACAGGGACUAGACCCAUUGCACUCCACUUGACACACUUUCAUUAGAGCUCUGAUUGAUGAGCAGUAGCUGCACUAUAAAUGGUCUGAACUCGAG